GGGAGAGGGAGAGAGAGAAGGACAGACAUCACUGCACCGAGGGGAGGAGAAACACGCUCCGGACGUACAGCAACCCCACAGCCUCACCAGCCACUGUCACAAUACAUUCUUGAGAUUGUGUGGAAGAUGCAUGCCUUCAUAAGAGGAACGACAGUAGAGGACAACAGCUCUCCAACCUCUUAAAGGACGUUUUUGCACAAAGGAAAAGCCUGCAGCUGUAUACAAGAACAGUGGAAAACCUGCUGCUAAAAUCAUGAGUGAGGCAAAGAAAGGCGAGCUGGCCAUUCGGGAUAAAGCAAUUCUGCACCAGCAAAGGAGACUCAAACAAGCCACCCAGUUCACACACAAGGAUUCAGCUGACCUCCUGCCACUGGAUGGACUCAAGCGACUGGGGACGUCCAAGGACUUGCAACCUCAUAGCAUCGUCCAGCGGCGCUUACUGGAGGGGAACAUCACAAAGCUCAAGGGAGAGGCUCGGGAUGCAAACACCAGGGUCCGGUCCCCUCUAGCUGACACCAAUGACAAACCCACCGCAGAAGCAGAGGAGCGUAGUGAGAGCACGGCAGACGACUCCACCGAAGAACGUGAGUCUCUGGAGGAGAGCGAGAGAAGUCUGCGCUCAGAUGAAGAGGAUGACUGCAGUGAAGCUGGGGCCAGACAAACAGUGGAGAAAAGUGAACUAACCAACCUACAGGUCCAAUGUAAGUGCUGUGAGGCUGACGUCAGGGUGUCCAUCAACACUGGCAGCCAACACAACCACAUCUCCAGCUCCUGCUGCCAUCGGCUUGGAUUGGUGCCCACUAAAGAUGGCUCCCCGUGUGGUGUGAGCAGUUCAGUCACAGGUCUGAGGCUACAGAUGGGCUCCAAGAUGCUCCAGUGUUCAGCCGAUGUACAAGACGAUGAGACGUUUGAGCUGUGCCUUGGUCUUCAGACUCUUAUGGAACUUAAAUGCUGCUUGGACCUGAAUAGUCGGGUGUUGAAGUUGGGGGGCUGCAGUGAUGAGCUGCCCUUCCUAGACCCCUCGUGUGACGCUCAGUACCAACACGACUCCAAUAAAAACCUGUGAGCCUCUCCGGACACUGCUGACCGCUGUCUCCUCACUGCUCAGUCAUGUGGUACGAUGGAGGACAUCUUUUCGCCAAAAUGUUGUGAUAGCCUUUCUGUUGAGUUUACAUCAUUGUAUUUGUACAACUCACUACAGUUUUUGCUCUAAAGAACAACAAUAAAUACAAUAAACCUUAACAAAAGGCUAUGGGCAAUGCCUUUGAGUCUAAAACUGCUCUUUAUUAUUCGAAUAAUCUUCCUUACUGUAACCAAUGAAAAUAACUGUAUCUGAGCAAUUCAUGAUUUAAAGAUGCACUAUAACUUUUUGAGUGAUGAGCCUGCCACCUGCUUGUCUCCGGAUGUUAUUGCUUUGCUUGUACUGUAUAUGUGUUACAACUCUUCAUAAAGACAAGCAAAUGGUGGAGCCUCCACUAGAAACGUUAAAUAAUGCACCUCUAAACAAACUUGUAAUGAAUUAACAUAAAACUAAUUGAUUUGGAAACCGUCUUUUAUUUAUCAAGUUCUAUUGUAUGAGGAAAACCUUUUCCUAGAUUAAAAUGUUCCUGUUGGUCCUCAGGGUGCCGUUUACAGCGUUCCAAUGAAGUCUUGUAAGUGCGUAUAAGGCUACCUCGAGUAACAAUUCAAAUCGGAUGAUGCAUUUGUUGCUUUAUCAAGGCCUUUCUCUAGUCCUUAAAGAUCCCAGUUCCUUGUGAGCACACUGGUACUUUGGACAAUUGAUUAGAUUCAUAGACUAAAUGUGUUUUCUCCAAACCCUCUAUUUUUUUAAGCAAAUGCAAUGUUCCACCUGCAUGACUUUGUGGAGUUCUGCCAUUGUACAGAUCUGCAUGUUUGUGUACCAGUGUGACUGUUAACAGAGACUGUAAGAAGUGCUUUGAAGUUUUCUUUCUGUAAGAGGACGUUGCUGACUUUAAUUUGAAGGAGCUUUCCACGUACAUUUGUUGAAACCCAAGACAACUGCAAUACUACAAUUGAUACUUUGCAGUGACAUCAGGCUAGGCGUGUUCUGCAUUUAUGUGUAUGGCAGGAUGUUUAGCAGUUACCAUGGUGACGUAGUGCACACAUUAGCAAACUAUCUGAAAGUCUGAAAAAUCAAGAAAAAAUACAAAAUGGAUUUAAACAACACAUUUCAGGAGCCUAUGACAAAUACAAGUGUUCAUGGUUCAGUUUAGGUGUUUUAAAUAAAAAUGCGAAUGAGAGAGACUAACUAAACAACUUUUGGUCUAUGCUAGGUAACUUGUGACUGUAAUGUUAUUUGAGAGGGACUUCUUUAACAGUAAAAUUCAUCUCACCUCUGGCAAUUUCUUCUAAGUCAGUUAUUUGUGAGUAGGCCGUGUUAAAAUAAAGCUCAGUCUAACAAAGCCUCAGACAGAGCACGCUUACAGGUAGUAUCACACCAGCAGGGAAUGUUGAUGACAUCAGCUGCAAAGUAUCAAUACAACAUAAUCUAAUUUGAGUCAUGUUCAGACAUUUUUGAAUUGUCCUUUUCAAAUAAUCUGUUUUGAAGAAAUCCUAGAACACUUAUUGAUGCCUAAGUCUAAGUAAAUUAUUGUUCUAAUAAAUUCCAUGUGUUAUAUAAUAAUGCAAAUUCUCCAUCAAUCAAGAAGAUUGUCUGUAAACUGCCCUGUGUCUGUAGAGAGAAAAAAAUAACAACUUUUUAUAUUGCCUUAUUAUAAUUUGUGUUCAACAUUGGCAAACCAGCUGCCAAACACCAAUCCACUGCCUUCUUUCACAGUUCUGACUCUCAACUGAUCUGAUCCAUUUUGAACUUCUAUUUUACGUUCUUUCCAACACAAGUAAUUUAUGAAUAGUAUAUCUAAACAAUAAUUAAAGUUACAAGCAACACCACUAAGACUGACCUAAACAUCUAUUUUUGAAACAUAUGCACCAUGCAUGUGUUUCAAAAAUGGUGUCACAAUGUUAAAACUAGUAUUGGGUUUCCACAAUCAUUGUAUUUUUGGGUUUUAAUGCAGUUGACCAGUUGAGAACUAUAUUUGUAUUUGAACAAAGACUCCAACUCCUUUCUGUGCCAAAUCUCUUAUAGGCUAUGACAGGGGUUUCUAAUGGAUAAUAUGCACCUUGUUUUUCAUUAUAAUAUGAAUUUUAUGACACUGUUCAUUAUGAGUGAUACAAACACACUGCUUCAGUGCCACCUUUCCUGCCUCACUACUGAGGCUAUCAAAAACAACACACUCUACAUCUAAGUAUGCUACAGAAAUCAUGUGAUAAUAUUGCAAGGGCCAUCCUUAUAAAUUUGCAUAUGUUUAUUUGAUUGUUAAUGUAGUGAUCUUAUAUGUGAGAGAGGAACCAGUCUAUAACAGAAAUUUAUUUUUGGUGUUUCUGUUCCUCUAAACAGUAUUUUCUUUGCCUAUAUUAAAAAUGUAUUCUGUCUA